UCGCCUCCGGCCGGCCGUUGGCGCGCGCCGCCAUUUUGGGCGAUUGAAUGACCCGCGCCCUCCGCUCGCGCCAUGUCCGCCUCUGCCGCCCCCGCCACGCCGCCCGCCGCGGGCGCCCCGUCCCCCGCGGCGACGCCCCUCUCGCCCGCGCGGCUGUCGCGGCUGCAGGAGAAGGAGGAGCUGCGGCGGCUGAACGACCGGCUGGCCCUCUACAUCGAGCGGGUGCGCGCCCUGGAGCUGGAGAACGACCGGCUGCUGCUCCGCGUCUCCGAGAAGGAGGAGGUGGUCACGCGCGAGGUGACCGGCCUGAAGGCGCUCUACGAGGCCGAGCUGGGCGACACCCGGCGGGCGCUGGACGAGACGGCGCGGGAGCGGGCCAGGCUGCAGAUCGAGGCCGGGAAGCUGCGCGCCGAGUUCGAGGAGCUGCGGCGGAGCUACAAAAAGAAGGACGGGGAGUGGUCCACGUCCCAAGGUCGCAUCAGAGAGCUGGAGGUGCUCUUCCAUCGGAGCGAAGCAGAGCUCACGGCCACUCUGAGCGAGAAGCAGAGCUUGGAGGCUGAGGUGGCUGACGCCCGGGCCCAGCUGGCAAAGUCGGAGGACGCCCACGCCGUGGCCAAGAAGCAGCUGGAGAAGGAGACCCUCCUGCGGGUGGACCUGGAGAACCGCUGCCAGAGCCUGCAAGAGGAGCUGGACUUCAGGAAGAGCAUCUUCGAAGAGGAAGUGAGAGAGACCCAGAAGUGGCAUGAGCGCCACCUGGUGGAGGUGGACAGCAGCUGCCACAAGGAGUACAAGUCCAAAAUUGCCCAAGCCCUGGAAGACCUGCGCAGGCAGCACGACCACCAGGUGCAGCUCUACAAGCUGGAAUUGGAGCAGACCUACCAGGCCAAGCUGGAGAACGCCAAGCUCUGCUCGGACCAGAACGAACGGGCAGCCAGCGCCGCUAGGGAGGAGCUGAACGAGGCCCGCCUGCGGAUCGAGGCUCUCAGCUACCAGCUGUCUGGACUGCAGAAGCAGGUGAGUACAGCAGAAGAGCGGAUGCGGGACCUGGAGGAGCUGAUGGCUGGAGAGCAGGAGAAGUUGCGGAAGAUGCUGGAUACCAAAGAGCGGGAGAUGGCGGACCUGCGGGAGCAGAUGCAGCAGCAGCUGAUGGAGUACCAGGAGCUGCUGGAUGUCAAGCUGGCUCUGGACAUGGAGAUCAGCGCUUACCGGAAGCUUCUGGAAGGGGAAGAGGAGAGGCUCAAGCUGUCCCCCAGCCCUCCGUCCCGCAUCACCGUCUCCCGGGCCACCUCCUCCAGCGCCGUGGGCGCUCGCUCCUUGCGGGGGAAGCGGAAGCGGGCGGAGGUCGAGGAGCUGUUGGGACGCACGCCCAGUGGGGUUGCAAGCAGGAGGGGCAGCGGCGGCAGCGGCCUCCGGGUCAGCCAGCAGGCCUCGGCCAAGGGCAGCGUCAGCAUCGAGGAGGUGGACCCCGAAGGGAAGUUUGUUCAGCUGAAGAACCAUUCUGACAAGGACCAGUCGCUCGGAAACUGGAGGCUGAAGAGGAAGGUUGGGGAGGGAGAGGAGAUUGCGUACAAGUUUACUCCAAAGUACAUCCUCCGGGCCGGGCAGACGGUGACGAUCUGGGCCACGGAGGCUGGGGUGGCACACAGCCCCCCCUCAGUGCUGGUCUGGAAGAACCAGGGCAGCUGGGGCACCGGGGACCACAUCCAAACGUGCCUGGUGAAUGCCGAGGGAGAGGAAGUGGCUGUGCGCAGUCUGACCCAGAGGACGACGGCCGGGCUGCAGGAGAACGGGGAGGAGGAGGAGGAGGAGGAGGAGGCAGCUGAGUUUGGGGAGGAAGAUCUCUUCCACCAGCAGGGGGACCCCAGGACCACCUCCAGGGGAUGCGCCCUCAUGUGAGAGGAAGGAAACCACCAUCUUUUACCUGCCCCGUCCCCCUUUUUUUUCUUCCACCUGCGUUUAUGGGAAAUUAUUUUUCUAAGUCUUCUAUGGUUUAUUUUUACUUUGAGCCGAACUGAGUUUUAAAAAGCAGGAAGCGGAUUGGUCCGAACUGGGCCAGUUGCUUCUUGUGCCCCUGCGGCCGCUUUUUUAGCCCCCAGCCGCGGUAGGGGCAGGGGGGGGAGCGCCUCACCCUGAGCCUCCUCUUGGAUGGGCAGCCAAGGACCGACCGGUUGGGCUCUGAAGCCCCCCCCGAGCCCCUGGUGGAGACGGGACACGCCCGGCCUGCGCUCUCUGCCAUUCGGGAUAGGGAGGAGGCCCAGCAUAAAAACCGCUGACCUGCCAGCUGCUGGCCUCGCCCGCCUGGCCUGCCUCAGGUGCCGUUUACUGGGAGGUCAUAGAAAAAAUACCUUUGAAAUUGGGUCUUGCCCACCUUUUAUGUGGGGCAGUGGGCUCUAAAUUAGUGCUCUGAGUGCCCGACGCCAUUUCAGUCUGGAUGCCUCACCCUUCAGGCGAACAAGCCCCUAAUGUUAGCUCUCAUGGCCCAAACACGGAACCCUAAAAAUUAUGUGAUCUUUGUGUUCAGCUCUGAUCUCCCUCUUCAGACACUAGGCUUCAAACACACUGCCUCGGUUCUUCAUUUUAUUUAUUUUUAAAAAAAUCAACAAAAUUUUAAUGGAAAAAAAAA